UGGCAUGUACGCGUGGUGGACUACAAAUACCGCUGAAUUAACAUAAUAAUAAUAAUAACAAUAAUUAUUAUUAAUUACUGAACAGUGAACACUACACGGAUACCGCACAGGCGGUACGAUCCGCAGUUUGAUUGCGCAGUGGCCAGUGCAGUUGGAGUUCACUUCGCGACCAUCCUGACACUACGUAUAUAGCGCGCAGCCGCAGUUCGAUUUCUUGGCCACGGCGAGCGGCGCAAUUAGCAGUCUGAAAUUAUUCUGCGCCGUAUAAUUAGAGAUACAUUAUCAACAAAUGUGACAGCGCUGGUACAGUGUGAACCGAGCUGGAUUUGCGGGCGUGGCGAUCUGCGGACGAGUUCUUCAGCAGAUACAUGUACAGUUGCUGUCAACUGAACAUGUAGCGUUAUUAUUUGGCUAUAUGCUGCGUUGUCUGUAUUAAUUAUACAGCAUCUGUUUAUGGUUCCCGGUCCGAUUUACUAGUGGAAAGCAGAUAACCGCGCGUUGAUUAAGAUAACGUGUUAUUAGUUUAUAAUAAGAAUAGUAUCAUAAGGCCUUUGGGGAUCGACGACGGCGUUCCGCGGAAGAGUUGGGGAAUAUCAUCGGCAGUUCAGUUGAUAGCGGCCGUACGAUGGACGUUAUACCGGCCGUGUGAGAUAAUCUUUGCCGCCGGGGAAGGAAUCGGCUGACCUGCUGCAUGAGCUGGGCGAUGUGGCCUGCCUUUGCAAUUGCACUGCGCCGGAAAUGCCCCUGAACUGGCAAUGGCCUUGUUAAGGCGGCGCCGCCCGCUGUCUAGCCGCAUGGCCCUGUACCUCGUCGGCAGCCUGUUUUUUCUCGAUAGGUAGGUCGGUGGAGGGUCUGCAGUGCUACGAGUGCAAGUACGAGACGGACGCCGGCAAGUGCAUGGACCCGGCGUCCGGCAGCCUCAAGACCUGCGCCGCCGCCAGCAACGUCUGCCAGAUCGGCACCGGACUGCGCGCCGGCUCCCCGGACACGUCCAAGCUCACGCUGGUGAUGGGACGGAACUGCGGGCGGACGGACGCCCAGACGAUCGGGAAGAACACGCGGCUGCUGGCCAAGAAGCCCGCCAACAGCCAGAUGAUCUGCGAGACGCUGCAGCGCCAGGACGGUCCGGGCACGCUGCAGGUGGACCGGCGCUGCGUGUGCAGCACGGACAAGUGCAACGACGAGAUCUGGGACGAGGUCAUGGUCCAUCCGCUCAUGCAGAGCGACUGGGAGGCCACCAACGCCGACCCGGUGAUCCCCACGCUGGGCAGCAACUCCGUUUCCGAACUGGAGAAAGCCACCGACGCCGGACCGGACAUGGCGGUGAUCAUCGCGGCUGCUCUCGGCGGGCUACUGGUCAUUGGACUGGUCCUGCUGGCGGUGUGGUGGUUCGUGCUGCGCAAGCGAGGCGGCGCGGAGGAAGACGAGGAGGAGGACGAGGAGAACACGAGCGGCGCCUCGGGAUCGGCGUCGGCGUCGGCGUCGGCGUCGGGGCGGACCUGGGACGAGCAGGAGGACCAGGCCACCGGCCUCAAGACCUACAAGACCGACCUCAAGGCGCCCGCCAUACCCUGAUCGCCAUCGUACUCUCCGAAUUCACUAAACCCUGGAGAAGUCCCAGGCAGCUGGAUAUAUGCAGGAUGCAGCGACCUCUCGCCACUGCCGGAGUAUACUCGUAUAUGAAGUGGCGUGAAGUCUGUUGCUGACCGGUGAUCACCGGGCAAUCACUGCACUGCACGCGUGGGACAACGCACUCCAGAUACACCGGUACCCUUGCGUCCCGCGCCGGUCCCGGCAAUGGUUGACUGUCAUCUAGGUGAUGUACUUCCGGCGGCUACGGCAUGAGCAUCACGCGACCGCAGUUGCUGGCUCGUUGAUGCACUCUGUAUUACUAAUUGUCAGUGAAAACGCUGCUGUUGCAAAUUGCCGCGUCCUGUCACCUGUGGCUGUCGCCCGUUAGAAGCCGGCUGUCUGUAUACUGUAUAUAUGAAUAUGAGUUUGUGCAACCGUGGUUUCCUGCUUUGCGGCUUGCGCUAUUUUCUGUUAUUUUUCUUAUCUUAUUAUUUAUCUUCUGAAGUUUCUUUUUUGCCUUAUUUUGUGCGAAAAAUAUUGUGCUUUAUGUUUUGCUUUAUUUUGUGCGAAAAAUAUUUUGCUUUAUUUUGUGUUUUUAUUUUGCCGUUUUGCGAGCUGUGUAAUCGACUAAUCGUUGUUUUCGUCCAGUAAACGAGUGGAAUAGUUGUAGUA